UUGGUGAAGAGUGAGCACCACUGAAUCAGCACAUAUCUUCACCUUCUCUAACCCAAAUCAUGGCUACCAUUUUCGCUUUCAUUUUCAUAUUUUUCUCCCUCAUCGCCUCCAACUAUGCCUUCGAUUCCUUGGAUCCUUUUGGUAACAUCACCAUCACAUGGGAUUAUUUCUCCGACAACGGGGACACAGUCGACGUGAGGGUAUCGAUAUACAACUUCCAACUAUUUCGUCACGUGGAGGAGCCUGGUUGGAGAUUGGGUUGGGCAUGGAAAGGUGACGAGGUGAUUUGGUCAAUGCUGGGAGCAGAGGCAAAGGAACAAGGGAACUGCACAAGAUUUAGAGGACAACAGAAACCACAUUGUUGCAAGAAAGAACCAGUUAUCAUUGAUCUAAUGCCUGGAACCCCCUACAACAUGCAGACCGCAAAUUGCUGCAAAGCUGGGAUCCUUACAUCCCUUAAACAAGAUCAUACAAAACUUGGUGCCACCUUCCAAAUGAAUUAUGUCAAACCAUCCGAUUCAGGUCCCGGUUUUACCAUGCCAGAAAAUUUCACCCUUGGAAUUCCAGGCUAUAGCUGUGGGACACCGUUUCAAGUCCCGCCGACCAUGUUUACCAAAGAUGGACACAGAUGGCAACAAGUCUUGGAGACUUGGAAUGUGACUUGUAUUUACUCCCAGUUUCUAGCAUCACCUGCUCCAAAAUGCUGCGUCUCUCUGUCUGCAUUCUACAACAGUACUAUUGUUCCUUGUCCCACAUGCAGUUGCAAUUGCCAAGGACUACCAGGAGCAACUUGUGUGGAUUCAGAUAAGACUUCAGUGUUGCAACCACCGCAAACAAAUCGCGGAGAAGCAGCAGCAGUGGUGAUCAGGUGUUCACAUCACAUGUGCCCCAUUCGUAUUCACUGGCAUGUGAAACAAAGUUACAAAGAGCACUGGCGGGUGAAGAUCACAAUCACAAACAUGAACUUUGUGAAAAACUAUUCCCAAUGGAAUUUGGUGGUGCAGCAUCCUAACUUAGCGAAUGUAACACAAGUGUUCAGUUUCAACUACGAACCUCUGACAGUUUAUGGAAAAUUGAGAGACAUAGGGAUGUUUUGGGGGCUGGCGUAUUACAAUGACAUGCUGCUGACACAUGGAGAGAAUGGGAAUGUGCAAACAGAGGUUUUACUGCAUAAAGAUAGAGGAAAGUUCAGCUUCAGAGAAGGGUGGAGUUUUCCUAGAAAAGUUUCGUUCAAUGGCGAUGAAUGUGUGAUGCCGUCUCCUGAUGCAUAUCCUAGACUUCCCAACGCAGCUCAUGUUGUCAUAACAAGCUUUAACACAAUUUUCUUUUCACUGUUACUUAUACUCUUAUAGAAGUUUAGAAGGAAGGAUUACUUUCACUAUCUCAUA